CAUACCCCUGGCUCGGGUUGGCGCAUGCGCGGUUGGGCGGAGCGCUUGAUAGGUUCUGGCGGGGCUAUGGCGCGCGGGCUGCUGCCGAGUUACCUGCUGCUGCUGGCGCAGGAGAACCUGGAGUUCCGGCUGCCGGAAAUAAAGUCCUUGCUCUCACUUUGUGGUGGACAAUUCAGCAGUCAACAAGAAAUUCGUAUAAAUUCUCCAUUUUGGAUUCUCAGUUUUCCUUCAGAAGAGAUGGCAAGAGGACUAAUGAAAAGGACAGUAUGUGCAAAGUCUAUAUUUGAACUAUGGAGUCAGGGAAAAUCUGCAGUGGAACUGUACACAUCUUUGAAGAACUACCCAGUGGAGAAGAUGGUUCCGUAUCUACAGUCAAACUCAACAUACAAAAUACAUAUUCAUGCAUUUAAUAAAACUCUUACACAAGAGGAAAAAAUUAGAAGGAUAGACGCUCUGGAAUUUCUGCCAUUUGAGGGGAAAGUGAAUUUGAAAAACCCAGAACAUAUCUUCUGGAUUCUGGAAGAUUAUGGAAUGGACCCUAACAACGUUCCAGAAAACCCUCUUGAUUUGUAUUUUGGUAGAUGGAUUGCGGAUGGGCAAAGGGAGCUUAUUGAGUCAUACAGUGUAAAAAGGAGGCAUUUUAUUGGGAACACAAGCAUGGAUGCCUGCUUGUCUUUCAUCAUGGCAAACCAUGGGAGAGUAAAACCAAAUGAUGUUGUGUUUGAUCCAUUUGUUGGAACAGGUGGCCUUCUUAUAUCCUCCGCACAUUUUGGAGCAUAUGUGUGUGGUACUGAUAUAGAUUUUAAUACUGUCCAUGGUUUAGGCAAGGCUAGCAGGAAGAACCAGAAGUGGAGAGGACCAGAUGAGAAUAUCAGAGCUAACCUUCGGCAGUAUGGUUUAGAGAAGUACUAUCUUGAUGCACUCGUUUCUGAUGCAUCAAAACCUAUAUGGAGGAAGGAAAUGCUUUUUGAUGCAAUUAUUACAGAUCCUCCAUAUGGCAUACGAGAAGCUACUAGAAGAACUGGUUCACAAAAAGAAAUACUUAAAGCAACAGAAAGAGGCACAGAAAAUCACAUCUCCAUUUCCUCAAACUAUCAUCUGAGUGAUAUCUUUUUUGACUUGUUAAACUCUGCGGCAGAGUACCUGGUGAUGGGAGGAAGAUUGGUGUACUGGCUACCAGUUUACAAACCUGAAUAUACAGAAGAGAUUAUACCCCGGCACCCCUGCCUGAAACUUAUUAGUAACUGUGAGCAGAUGCUUUCCAGCCACACGUCAAGACGCUUGAUAACCAUGGAAAAGGUGAAAGAAUUUGAGUUUCAGGUCUGGGGAACAAAACAGAAUUUGAGGGCUGGGAGAUGUCAUUGCACUGGAGUAGGUAAUGUUUGGGAGAGGAAGAGGAGCUUUAAGGUGAUGGUUGAAAUGAUAAAGUUCAACUUUUGUCCCUGACCUGUUGCUUUGCUUAAAGAGCGGGAACUAGGGGAAGAAAAGGCAUAGUAUUUGGAAACUGCACCUGGCAAUUCAGUGGUACAAGAGGGUUUGACACCAACACUUUAAUUAUGUGAAAUCUGCUGUGCUGCAGAUUUCAUCAACUAGUGGGGCCCAUGCACCUACUGUAAGGUGUAUAUGAAGAGAGAGCCUCUUAGAGAUUUGGCAGAGUUACUGUUGCAGGAUUAGUGCUUGUAUAAACCUGCUGACUUCAGCCAUUAUUCAGAAGCAUAUUUUAGUUAACCAUUAUAUUCUGUUCAUUGUAAUUACCUAACAUCCAGCAAAAAUAGUAGAGAAUAAAUUAUUUCCAAAAGAUCUUGCAUGUAUUUGUCAUAUUUUUUAUGGCUAAAGUCAGAAUAUCAGUACUGUUCAGAUUCUACCCAUUCAGCUUGUCAUUAGGUAACAGGUUGUCAUGCUGCCUAGCAUGGGACAGAGCUAUGGGUGCUAAUUUCAGGUCAGACUCCCAGGAAACAGGGCAUGCACCCCAAACUGGUGGCUUAUUCUAUCGUAAGACUUCACCAAGCCAGUAACAAAUGUGUGCUUCCAAAUUACUAUACUAGUUAUGAAGCCACAGACUGUCCCAUCAGGCCCUCUAGCCUCUCAUGCACCAUCCAGACAAACCAGACUUCUGUGAUAAAUGAUUAUUAAAACCAGAAAUAAUAUCUAUUAGGUUCUUCCAGUUCUACUGAACCAGACACUCACCCCAGGUCAAUAUGUACUUCAGGAUCUUACCAAAUACCGCAUUUAGGGUUUCCAGGCGUCCGGUUUUCAACCAGAACGUCUGGUCGAAAAGGGACCCCUGGCAGCUCUGCUCAGCAUAGUUGACAGUCUGCUAAAAGUCCAGUUGGCUGCAGCGGGGUAGGCAGGCUCCGUGUGGCUCCUGGGAAGCAGCCUGCAUGUCUCUCAGACUCCUAGGCAGAGGG